AUGUCUUUCCACCUUUCUGCCGAGGACAUCCGCAUCGAGGACAACCACAUCCUCAAGGCCCGCCUCCGCACCGAGAGCGGUGACUGGAACGAUGCUGAGAUCGACCUCAACAACCACCUGGGCAACCAGGACGGCAUGAUCCACUGGGAUGGCCGCGACUUCUCCCACUCUGCCGAGAACGUCACCUUCUCGAUCGAGGGUGGCGGUGAGGUUCCCGUCCUCCGCACCUUCCUCCGCUCCAUCGACGGCGAGGAGUUCGCUCGUGACGUCAACCUUGCCGAGCGUAUCCAGAACCAGGAUGGCCACUUCGUCUACGUCUAA